AAUUAGAAGAAACCCGCUGAUGAGGGCUCUCCUCUGCCUCCGCCUCUUCGUCGGCCUUGGUUCCUCGCAUCUCCCUCCUUGGCCGAGCGAGCGCGCUGCUCUCAGCGCGUCUGGGGGGGUGGGGUGGGGGGGGGAUGCACAUACGAAGAAGAAAGAGGAGGGGGAUAGGCGAAGCAGCACGUCAGGACGCCUCGCACCUGCACGACGCCGUCCGUCCAUCCGUCGUCCAUCGUCCGCAGCUGUGAGCGCUGGAUUGCGGCUUUUCGGCGCUCAGACAGCCGCAUGACGACGUCACCCACGCGGCCAAGAAGCACCGAGGAGGAGCUCACACGGUGGAGCCCAUGUUCACUCCACCUGGCGGGGCCCCUGCUCCGGGCCAAGCAGGCUCUGCUGGACCCUCGCUACCUUUGUCCGCCACCUCCUUUCCACCCGCUGUGGCCCUGCCCAUUUGUAACGCAGUGAGGACUCGCUCCGUCGGCACCAACACACAUGAAGUGGCCCUUCCGUCCACGCCCGACUCAGACGCUGACUUCUUGGGGCCCUGCCAACCGGGUACCAGUGUCAACCUGGAGGGCAUCGUCUGGCACGAGACCCAAGAAGGUGUGUUGGUGGUCAACGUGACGUGGAGGAAGAGGACCUACGUGGGAACACUGUUGGACUGCACUAAACUCGACUGGGCUCCUCCCAGGUUCUGCGAGUCUCCGUCCAGUGACCCAGAGAUACCAGGUGGGCGCGGCCGGGGGAAAAGGUUGCGUCUGGCUUUGACAGAGCGGCCCUGCGGGGAUGCCGCACCGCCGGUCAAAGUGCGAGGCCUGCCGCAACACCGGAGCCGGGGCGGAGGAAUAGCCGCCUCGCCGGUGCACAGCAAAGGUCGGCGUGGAAGUUUGAAACUGCUCAGCAACUGCCGAGCUUCUCCGCCGUUUUUCACCACAGAGGAAACCAAAUCAGCCAACCGAGUCUCGACCCUCCCAUCGGGAAAACGGAAGAACAAGCCACCUGCCGACCUGGACCUCAGUCUGGUGUCUUCGGUGGACAUUAAAAACGGGAAUGGGAAGAGGAUUCGAGCCAAAUCCCGCAGCGCCCCGUGUACGCCGCAGGGCAAGUCAGAUCCCUCAUUCCUGGACGCGGGAGGAGGCUGUGCCUCUUCACCUCCACCGAUUCUCAUCGACUGCCCCCACCCCAACUGCACCAAGCGCUACAAGCACAUCAAUGGCCUGCGCUAUCACCAGACACACGCCCAUCUAGAGGCGGAGGAACAGAGGAACGCCGAGAUCGAGGAGCGACUGUCGGACUGCGAGGACGCUAUUUAUGACCUUACGGAGCCCACCGACAACGGCACUGCUGCCAACACCUCGUCCAGAAAAGCUCCGUUGUACAAGGUGACCACAGUAGGCUCGCCCAAGAACCGGCGGCUUCUCCUCAGCAACAAAACCCGAAGGAGCUCCCUACUGAAAGAGGACCUGAUGGAUGACCUCAGUAACUUGCCCAUCAUCUCUAACAUGACGGUGGUUCUGGAGAACUGCAUGGUGCCGGACCGGAGUGCCACCGUGGAGAUGCCCAAGCUGGAAGCCGAAGGACUGAUGGAUAAGAAUAUGGUUUGCGAUAAGAGCAAAAAAGCCAACGGCAAGGUGGAUAAGCUGUCCAAGUCGCGGGCCAACCGGCUGAUUGCUCCAGCCCCCGCUCCGCCCAAGCUUGUCGCCAUCCCCAAUGCGGCGUAUCCGACGGACAGCGCCCCCUCGCAGCAGCCCGUGGCAGCUGUGGGCUUAACAGGCAAAAGCCCCUCCUUGAAACCCAUCAAGGCGAAGCUCAGCAUCGUCGUGGAACCCAGCCUGGUCAAAGCCACACUGCCGACUUGCAAAGAGACUCGCAAGAAAGAGAAGCGACGGCUAAAGGACAAACACAACCGUGACGCCAAUCCUCGCAUGGCAAACGGUGACGCAAUCAAAACGGAAGACGGUGUUGCCAGCAAGGAGAUUUCGGGGAGCCUCCUGAAGGAGCACCUGAGCAAGCAGGACGUAACCAACGGACUCAACCAGGAGAGCCAGGAAAGCCGGAUGGCGAGUAUCCGCGCGGAGGCCGACAAGGUCUACACCUUCACGGACAACGCCCCCAGUCCCUCCAUUGGUAGUUCAUCGCGACUCGAUGCCCCCGGCGGUUGUCUGCUGUUGGGGGACAGCAAGGACAACAGCCCCGCCUACUCUGACAUCUCCGAUGCCGGGGAUGAUGGCUUGUCCUCUGAAAAUCGCCCGGACGGGCUCAGAUCCAAGUCUGCUUCUUCCGUAUCUUCUGAAGUCACCUCAAACAGUAACCAUAGUAACGGCAGGAAGACACCACCCGCGGCGCCCGCCCCACCUUCUACCAACGAGCCCCUGUCCCCAUAUUACCACAGCUUUGAGCCAUACUACCUGCCGGGUUGCGUGCAGGCAGACAGGCAAAACAUCUUCCACAAAAUGUCCUCUCACGAUUCUAAAAGUAAAGAUCGAAAGGAGGAGACGAAAGAUGACGACAAAGUUCACGACUUUGUCGACUGUAAGAAAGGUGACGGGCCGGCGGCACCUUCUCAACUGCAGCUUGCCAUGAGUCAGACCCAAACCGCCUUAGCCCAGUCGCUGUAUUACGGGCAGUACUCACGAGGACUUUACAUGGACCAGAAACUCCUACUGGCCUCGAAAUGCUGCGAGCAGAAGCAGCGUGCCGAGCGGGGUCCGGCUGGGCGAGACUGUGAUGGGAAUGUCAGACACGCUGGCGGGACUAAAGGUCCAGAAGGUUCUAAAGGCUGCUGUCCCAAAGCCAUCCUGUCCUACUUGGAGGAGAGGGGGGAAAGAGGGCUGGGUUUGAAGGUCUCGACCAAAGACUGUGAGGACAUCAAAUCACCUUCUUCCUCCUCCUCCUCCUCCUCCUCCUCUUCGUCAUCCUUGUCGCAGCACAACCCCAACACUCAGACAGAUCUGGACUCAAAUGUUUCCUAUUCCAGCCCCCCAGACGGCUCCAUGUGGCCCGACCGCCUGGCUCACAGCAAAUUCUCAGAGCUGCAGAGUCCACUCGGAGAGGCUGCGGAUGAGGGGGACGCGGAGAGGUCAAAGGAGCGGGGGAGUACCAUCGAGCCAGCGGAGCCCAAAGCAACCUCAGCGGGUGGCGGCAUCGCUCACGAUGCAAAAAAAGUCCACGGACCUCGCAACCUAUCAUCCCCUGUCGACCCAGAUGACUCGGACAGUCUCGACGGGCUACAGGAGGAACCCAUGGGGAUCCUGUCGGGGGAGUCUCAAAGUGCCCGGGCUGCGGUUUCUCCUCCGAUGACCCCCCAGCAGCCCUACAUGCAUUACCAGCACUCCUCGUUCCCCCCGGCCUACCUGGCAAUGUGCGAGAGCAACGGGGGUUCCUUCAGGGGGGCGUCACCCACCCUGAUCCACAACUACCCAGGCUUCCACUACCCUUUGUAUGGCAAGACAGCGGGCCGGGAGGACGCCGAGCCUGAUGAAAAAGGUUCCCCAGAGAUGGAUCGCGAAAUGGACCGAAGCAACCGAAGCCACACAACCUUGGCUCGACACCUGCACAAACACCAUCACACACACCUUGGACUCACGUAUAACCUGGUGGCGGGACAGUACGACAUCUACCCGGGUCUCAGCUCCAGGUCUCUGGUGUCUGGUCCACAGGUGGCAGGACGAACUGUUGCUGCAGAGAGCGAGGUGAAGAAGUAGUGAUGUGGCAGAAGGAGAAGAAUCACACGUAAAUUCUGUGGUGUUCCUUGGUGAAGCCUCGCCGUGAGAGGCAGACAAAGGAAAGAAAAAAGAAAACACAAGUAUCAUUUCUUACUUGCGCCACCUACAGUACAGAAGGUGUUUUGUAUCGCACAGGAAGAGGAUUUUGGGCAAGGACAAGUGUACAGCGGUGUUUCUAAACGCACAUUAUUGUUCUGACUGAAUGUACUGAUGAUGACGAUGACGACGAUGAUGCUACAUUUGUAUCGCUAACUGUACGUGUUGAUUGUAUUGUCCUAUGUGAGCGUAGCCCUUCUCCUCCACGCCGCUGUACAUAGCCUCCACACAGUCAUGCCCUCAUUAGAUAUGCGGGAGGAAAGGGCGGGGCUUAGGGAGGGAUGCUGUGCACAUUGAAUGUCAGAAAUCUGGGCUCCAACCAGAAAACGUGAACUGAUGAAGUCAUGUGUCAAUUAAAAAAAAACAAUGCUGACAAACUGAAAAUAACUGUAAAACAUAUAU